AUUUAAUGUCGGAAGAACGGAUUUAUGUGAUUUAAUUUUUGUUAGAAAUGACUGCCCCAUUUUUUCAUUUUCUUGAAUUGUCUGCUUACAGUGCUGCUUUUGUUUAUUUUGGAUACAAGCUUGUAAAAAUAUUCUUGAGUGAUGAACAAACUUGCCGUACCGUUCAAAAAUCAAAAACAUACACAAAUACAUGGACAAUCAGAAAAUUUGACACAAUUAGGGAUAGCAGUUUGAAAUCGGUUGUAUUUUCCGGAACAACCUGCGAUGGUGAAUAUGUGGCAUGGAGUUACAUGCUGAAUCCGGGCUAUAACAAUGGACAUUGGGCAUCAAUUAAAAUACAAUGCGAGUCUGAAAAUAAAGCCCAAGACGUUGAGAUUACGAUUGACGGAAAAACAGAAAAGUUUUUCGGUGCCAUCUCGAAGGGAACAUUCCAGUUUCCACGCUCUAAACUUUUGGAGCUCUGUUCUUACUGGACCGGUUCACUGACGCUCCGUUUCAAGGUCACGUUUACCAAGAAUGUUCUCGAAGGAUGCUCGUACGAGAAGUCGAUCUCCUUCAAGGAACCUCCACAGUCCACUUUGGCCAAGGACUACGCCGAUCUACUGUCGAGCAACCAGUGCACUGACAUCACGAUAAUUGUUGGCCAGCGCACAUUCCACGCCCACAAAGUCGUGUUCAUUGCCCGCAGCAAGGUGUUUGCGGCCAUGUUCCAGCACGACAUGCAGGAGGCCCAGCAGAACCAGAUAACCAUUCCCGACAUGGACGCGGACGUGUUUGAAGAGGUGCUUCGCUACAUUUACACGGACAGUGUUGAACGUCUGCCCGGGAUGGCGUACGAGCUGCUGGAGGCCGCCGAAAAGUACGAUCUGACCCGGUUGAAGGUCCUCUGCGAGAUCGAACUGCUCGCCGGAAUUACGGCGAAAUCCGCCACCAAAACGUUGGAGUUUGCCGAUUUGUACCGGGCGGACGAGCUGAAGGCGCGGACGCUUCAAUUUAUCGCUAGGAAUCUGAGCGAGAUUCCCAACUGGAAAGAGUUUUGCAGCGCCAAGCCGGACUUAGUGGCUGAAGUAUUGGACGAAAUUGCCAGAGGGAACCACCCUAAGGCACUUAAAGUGAACAUAAAGGAAAUUGACUGAUGCACGAAGGAAUUGGCGUUACUUUUCUACGAAUAAAAGAUAAUUUCAUUGCAAUUUGAA